CUGGUAUUGGAAGAGACUCUUUAUUGCAGAGUGGAAGCUAUUAUAAAGGUCUUGUCUAAUUUUGUAUUGAUGAACCUAAAAGAUCCUCAAGCAGAACAUUUCUUGAGAUUGUCUACAAAACUAUACAAGGAUUUAGCUCGAAUGGCAAAACUCCUUAUAGCCCCUAGAGGUUCAAAGCAAGUUUUGCCAAGCCUCAAGUAUCAGAAGCUGGUAGAGAUUACCUGCAGGCAGCUGACAGCUCCUCUCUACAAGUUUAUGGAACAGCUACAAAAGGAUCAGCAAGAGAGCUGGAACAACAAAGCAAUGGCGAGCAAAAUCAAAAGGGAAAACAAAUGCAUCCCAGAGUUGAUUUUCCAGAUAGAGGACUAUGAAAAGUAUCUCAUUCAACUCGGCAAGGCAGCCAAACUGAAUUUAUUGAGGCAGGCCAAGCGGAGUACUUCGAGGGACUUCAAGAUAUUAGACCCCAAAGACUUCGUCAGGGAAGAAGAAGAAGAAGAAGAAGGUGAUCCUACUAAUGAAACAGAAGAGAAUGAGGGCAAUGGUGCAGAGAGUGAAUCAUCUGAAGAAUCGGGCGAUGAAGAAGAAGGAGAAGAGGGAAAUGGUGGAGCAAACAAUAACGAAUUAUCCCUCGAACAUGAUGUUCCAAAGGCUGCAGCGGAUUCUGGAGCAGACGGUGAAGAUGAAGCAGGCCUUUCAAAUGGACAAAGAUCGAAGAGGAGAAGGGUCGUAGAGGAAUCAUCCUCAGACGAAGAGAUGGAGACAGGCCAAAGUUUAGCAUUUUAAGAUGGAAAUUGAACA